UCAGAGUGCAUUGAGAGAAUCACCAACAGCAGAGCGCAUCUAGUCACUCAUUCAUUCGCAGCCACUGAUGAUUGAGCAGCGGACCACGAAAAAUCCACAGCGGGAGGCAGGCUUGGGAAGUCGCAAUUUUAGCGCGGGCGAGCGAGAGAAACAGGAAACAAAACAAACAAAAAAAACUCCUAAGAUGUUUUGAAUAGAGGGAAACUCAUCCAAAUCUAAUUUCUUGCACGAAAAUAACCUCGAAGUCAGACAAACUCUGUUUUCGUUCAAUUUAGCUGAUGCGUCGACAUCCAGGGUUGUAGGCGCGGUGCCGUGUCUGUGGUGCGUCUCCGACCGUGUGACCGAGGUGCAGCCUCGGGCAGGGUGGCCGAGUAGUCAGGAGGAUGCUGGAGGGCAAUGCCUGGAGAAAGAGAGUAUGAGAUUUGUCGAAAGGCGCUCGAGCUGCUCUCCGACUUGUGCUCCAGAGGGGAGGUGCAGGACGACAACUGCUUGGAUUUCACCUACUACUUCAGGGAUCUGGCUCGACCUCGCUACACGGACUCAGAUGUAUCAGUGAGCCUAUUGUCCCUGUUAGUGACCACCUGUGGUCUGGCUUUAUUCAGCGUCUCCCUAUUUGUAUCAUGGAAGCUGUGUUGGGUACCGCUGAGUGGCCGCUUCCUCCCAGAUGUCCUCAAGGGAGCACAUUUUCUGGGAGGGGACCAACAGCCUGUCCUAAUAGAGGUAGAUGGGGAUGACAGGGAUUAUAGUGAAGAUGGCUGUAUGAAAGAGCCUUCAGGCCUACCCAUGGCUGUGUCUGUCCCGGAGUCAGGUCUGAAGAUCAGUCACACAUCACCUGACAUCCCUCUGGAGACUCAGGCCAAAGUGGACCACAUCCAAACCCACACCUUGACCAGGGACAGAGUGCAAAGACAAAUCACUGAACCCACAUCAUCAGUACGUCACAACUCUAUCCGUCGUCAGAUGAAUUUGUCCAAUCCUGACUUCAAUCCUACUCAGUUCCAGCGCCAGGAUAGUUUAACUUGUUUGGGUCGGAUCAAACCUGAGCUUUACAAACAGCGCUCUGUGGACACAGAUGAUGGGCGUAGAACAGACAACUGUGGGCGUCUCCAUUUCAUCCUUAAAUUUGACUUUGAUCUGGAGCAACUCAUUGUUAAGAUUCAUAAGGCUCAAGAUCUUCCUGCCAAGGACUUCUCGGGGACCUCUGAUCCUUAUGUGAAGAUCUACCUGUUGCCUGACCGUAAAAACAAGCACCAGACAAAGGUGCAUCGGAAGACUCUCAACCCAAUAUUUGAUGAGGUGUUCCUCUUUCCAGUGGCGUACACCGAGUUGUCAAAUCGAAAGCUGCACUUUAGUGUCUACGACUUUGACAGGUUCACUCGCCAUGAUGUGAUUGGUCAAGUAGUGGUGGACAACUUCCUGGAUCUUGCAGACUUCCCACGGGAAACUAAAUUGUGCCGGGAUAUCCAAUAUGUCACUUCGGACAACGUAGAUCUGGGAGAGCUGAUGUUCUCAUUGUGCUAUCUCCCCACGGCUGGCAGGCUCACCAUUACCAUGAUCAAAGCCAGGAAUCUCAAAGCCAUGGACAUAACUGGUGCUUCAGAUCCAUAUGUAAAGGUGUCGCUGAUGUGUGAUGGUCGGAGGCUUAAGAAAAGGAAGACGUCCACCAAACGCAACACCCUGAACCCAGUUUACAAUGAAGCCAUCGUAUUUGAUGUCCCCCCAGAAAACAUCAAUCAAAUAAGCCUACUAAUAGCCGUCAUGGACUAUGAUCGAGUUGGGCAUAAUGAAAUUAUCGGAGUGUGCAGGGUGGGUACGGAGGCUGACACUCUGGGAAGAGACCACUGGAGUGAGAUGCUGACAUAUCCACGCAAGCCUGUCGCACACUGGCAUCCGCUAAUUGAGUGGGUUGGACAAAGAGCAGCAGGGAGUGGAAGUCAAGGAGGAUCCACCAAUUCUCUGAAGGCACCGCCAUCACCAUGAAGACACACACACAUGCAUACAUGCACAAACACUUGCACAUAAACCCUAAUUUUGGUAAAAAUUUAAAAAAAAAAAUUAGAAAAAAAAUUAGAAAAAAAAGAGUAGACCUGAAAAAAAAUUACCAUUAAGGAAGACCCAUACUUCUUUCAUCUUUGUUACUUACAUAAAACUUAACAACAUUCCGAGUGAACUGCUGCUGUAAAAAACAAAACAAAAACAAAAAAACGUGUUACUAACAGUAUUAAUAAUUGGAAACUAACUUUUGUAAAACCUGAAACUUUAGAUAUUUGUGAUUGUGGAGCUAUUGAUUUAUCUAAAGUAUUGCUUAUAAAGUGAAGGUUUGUUUAACAGAAAUGUCAGAGCUUCUUAGUAUAAGAUAUAUAUUUUUUUCAUUUCACCUUCCUCCUGCUCUUUUCUCAAAUAAAAUCUAUAAUGUAUUUGCUUCAAGAAUAUCUCAAAAGGAUGUCAAAAAGAAUCUAACAUGUUUUUUCUAACCGCAUGGUUUAAGUAGUAUUUUUCACAGUGUGUGGUUAAAAUAAACAAAAUAGAUGCAUAGUAGUGAAAUGUUGAUAUUCUACAUUUUAAGAGAAGCGAUCCUUUUUCUUGCAAUUAUUCCCAUUUGGUAUAGUCAAACAGUGUAUUGGUGGCUGGUUACAAUUUUAUGUGUUGUAAUUUGCUUGGGAGCAGUUUAAUUCAACCAUCCUAAUAUAAAAACAUGCCUCAUAAGAAGUAACGGGGGAAAAUAAGCUGAAAACAGGAAAUCGAUGAUGCUACUUCCACAAUUUUGCUUAUUCUACCAUAAAUUUAAAAAAUAAAAUAAUCUAUUUCAACAUUCCCACAAGGUUUCAUUCAUUUGCACCAUACACAUAGUCAGUACUCGCAAAUAUUAAUUUGAGUUUGGGUAGACUUUGGCAUAAAGCUCUUCAAAACCGUUUUGUGUAUAUUUUUGGGAGAAGUUUGUUUGUUUUUUGACAUUGUCACAAGUAGCAGUGAUGAUUUGUGUUUGUCAAUUAAAUGCAUGUAUUAUGCUUAGUUGAAUUCUCUUUUCUUCUGACCCUUAUGUAAACACGAUCUGAACUGGUUAACCAUGUCGUAAUAAAUAUUUCUGUAUGGAUGGAUUGGUUUGUGUAAAAAAAAAAGUCAAAAACAUACAGCACACAUAAAAAAAUCUCGCACACCCCAGCCCACAACUUCUCUAUGAGUGUUCCCUGGUGUCUGCUGUGAAGGAAGUAUCCAGGAAGAUGUGACACCACACAGUAAAAUCACACACGGGUGCUGAAAGUGAUGCAGGUAUUGACAAUUUGUCUGAUAGUAAAAGAAAUCUUUAAAUAUUCAAGCCUGGGAGAGCUACUGUUGGGUUGCAGCUUGCACUUCUUGUCACACAACAUCUUUGUAAGUGCCAUACAGUGCCUUGCAAAAGUAUUC